AUGACAACGACAAAAUAUCAUGGAGCACAAGAAAUUCGAAAAACGUACGAGGUUUCGUCUGAAACAUUGAGACGGUGGAACAACCAAGGAAAAAUAUCAAGCAUCAGAACGUCUGGUGGAAAAAGGCUGUAUUCAGUGACGGAUGUGGAAAAAAUAUUUCAAGAAAAACUCAGAACAGGGAACGACGAAGAGAGAUUGAAAACCCGAGAGAUACGAAUGUACCCAACACCGGAGGAAAGAGAAAAGUUAAAAAGAUGGAUGGGAACUGUGAGGUGGACAUACAACAAGGUUCUCGGAAUGAUGCAGGACGACGGGAUAAGUGAUAUGAACAUUAUAAGGAAGCAUUACCUGAACGAUGAAUGUUUUACAAACGAAGAAUUGUCAUGGGUGAAGGAAACACCAAGGGAAAAUGAAAUACAAAACAAAAAAAGAUCGUUCGCAAACUAUCUCGAUACUAGCAAGAGACUGGAAUCGAAAGAAAGGUGCAUUCGCAUUCCUGAAGACUGUGACGGUGUCAGAAAGACUACCAGAAAUAAAUCACACCGUGAACGUAACCAUGAACAGAUUGGGUCAUUUCUACGCGUGCGUGUACGUACCUUUAUGACUGGUUAUGAUCCCGAUGGUCGAAUUGUAGAGUGGGGUAACGGUGAUCUCAACAAGAUAUUUAGAUUAUCGAAGAAAUACGAUAAAUUACAAAAAGACAAGGAUCUGGCGAUCGGGCGAAAAAAUAAACGUAAAAGAUACAAAUUGAAGAUAAAGAUGUAUAGGAUCAUUGUCAGAAUUAGGAACUUGAUCAACGAAUGUCAUCAUCAACUUGCUCGUUGGUUAUGUGAGAAUUACAAGAUCAUAUUAAUACCAAAAUUCGAAACCUCGAACAUGGUUCUUAAAAACAAGAGAAAGAUCAGGGAAUUUACGAGUUGUAAAGUUAUCGAAUGCACCGAAGAAUACACAUCUAAAACAUGCGGUAACUGCGGAUCGAUCAAUAAAAAACUCGGUGGAUCCAAGAUUUUUAGAUGUGAAUCUUGUAGUUUAGAAAUAGAUAGAGACAUGAACGGUGCCAGAAAUAUCUUACUCAAACGUAUCACAGAGGUUUUCUCAAUAACUUUUACCUACUCCUCACCAUAUGAUAAAAUCGAAAAUGAUGCACUCGCAAAUAUUACAGUCAAAAAUGAUACAUUUGAAGAACAGGAUAUUAAAUUCUUUUGUCGAAACGGAGCAAGCCUAAAUUGUUGUCCUCACCUAGCGAACAGAAUCGCUUAUGAAAAUUAUUCUCGGUGUGCUUCAAUAAUCAUCAUAAAUAAUAGUGGUUAUAAUAUGACAUUGGAUGUUGUAAAUCUUGAAGAUGGUCGUUGGGUCACUUCAGAUGAUUAUGGAGAUGAUUCUAUCGACAUAAAUUUGCAAGGUUAUAUUAGUUAUAUCAUUGAAGAUGAUAGGUCAAGUCAAUUUAUAAUCUCCUGGGAAGUUUCUACACUUGGUCCACCUAUGUAUUAUUUUGGUUUUCUUGAUGGGUCGUAUAUGCAAGAUUAUAAUGUAAAGUUCGAUUAUAGCCUUGGAGAAACGAUAUAUCAAGUUAAAAUUGACAAGAAAACACCAUUUCCUAUGUCUUGGCUUAUACCAAUAUCCUUGUUCGUGUUCUUUAUUACUAUACCAUUAUGUUGUCAGUUUAUGUCCAAUGAGCAAAAAGUGGUUGGAACCGUUGGACAAAAUUCUUAUAAUGUUUCCAAUGCCAAUGCCAAUGAUCAACCACCUCCUUAUCAUCAAAUUUAUCCCUGA